CUUCCUUCCUUCUUCGAAAAGUAGCCUGGAGCCGACAGGGGGGAAGAAGGCGCGGCGAGGCGAGGCGAGGCGAGAGGGAGCGGCGGCCUCGCUUCGGCCAUGGAUCCCCUCAUAAGGUUCCUCGACGACGACGUGGACGAGACCAUGCACUCGGGCGCCGACGUCGAGGCCUUCACGGCGGCGCUCAACCGCGAGGUGGAGGGCAGCGGCAGCGCGAGCACCAGCGCCGCGGCAUCCUCCUCCUCCUCCUCGCAGCCGCUGGAUCGUGGCGCCGGUCUUGUACCUCAAGAGAGCAACUCAAUAAUCAACCACAAUCAUGAAAAGUGGCAAGAUUCAGUAAAGAAUAAAAUUGGUAAUGAGGACAGCCAUCAACAGGAACAGAAACAUUCGCAUCAUACAAAUGAACAGUUAUCAAGACCUGAAGUGGUUUCUGGAGAUGCUGAUAAUAAACACCUUCAGUCUAAUUCCCAGAAAGAAGACCAGCCAAAAGUUAAGCAAGAGCCAGGAAACAGUUCUCAACAAACUAUUGCUUGUCAGAAGCAGCCUUUGCAACAAAUAACGAGUCAACAAACACCAACUACAAGUCAAACUAAUAGCGCUCCUGCAGUGGGGAAACCUCCUGUUGUUACAUUUCAUAUGUUAAUACCGAUUUUGAGACGCUACCUUGACAAAGACAAGGAUAUGCAAGUUCAGUCCAUUUUUACAAAGUUACGGAAAAACGAAGUCAGCAAGGAACACUUUCUGAAAGUUGUAAGGACUAUUGUUGGUGAUAAGUUGCUCAAACAAGCCGCUGCACAAUAUCAAGUUCAGGCUGCUCAUGGGCAACGGAAUCCUCAGACAAAUCCAAGCAAUUAUUCUUUGUUAAGUCAAGUUUCCAAUCAGCAGAGUGUUGCCAACAGUUCAAUUUCAGGAGCCGAGCAAAAAUCGUAUCCAUCAGCUCACUCCAUUCCUGGAAACCAAGCGACUGACAGCCCAAGACCACCUCCAUUUCGACCUUCUUUGUCAGGCCAAAUGCAAAGUAACAUGGGUUAUCCAUCUUCAGAAAGUAAUUUGCAAAAGGUUAACGAAUCUGGUAACAUGUCAGAUGUGAAAGGUGGGCAAAUGCUCAGGCGCCCACCCAACAUCCAUUCAGUUCCAGUGCAAGCAACGCAGCAUCAUGUGCAGCGUCCACAAGCAUCUUUACCAGUGCUUGGGACAAAUAAUAUUCAUGCUCGUCCAUUUCCACGACCAGUUGGAGGUCCAGUAGUUCCACUUAGACCACAAAUUGCAGAAUCCAGUCAAAGAGGACAAUCAGUCCAGGGAGUGGCUGGGAGCAUGGCAGCUCGACCAACAUUGCAAACUAAUUUAUCCCCAUGGCAACAAGCAAACAAGGAGCAGAAAACUAAGUCUUUCACUCCAACAGAACAUAUGAAUAAGGGUCCUGGUGUUCCUGAAAACCAAACAUCCACAUCAAGCACAUCUAAAUCUUUGACCACAACAAACUCAACUCAGCCUUAUCGAUCUCACGGCACACAAGUAGAACCAAACAUGCAGAUCCAACCUGCCACACAAACACCUCCCCCUGCAGCAACUUCUAAAACACCUCAAAAGAAGACAUCUGCUGGACAGAAGAAACCUUUGGAUGCAUUAGGCUCAUCCCCUCCACCAUCUAGCAAGAAGCAGAAGACAUCUGGAGGUUAUCAUGAUCAAAGUAUUGAUCAGCUGAAUGAUGUUACUGCAGUUAGUGGUGUUAAUUUGAGGGAAGAAGAGGAGCAACUUUUCUCUGCUCCUAAGGAGGAGAGUCGGGUUUCAGAAGCUGCUCGGAAGGUUGUACAACUCGAAGAAGAAAAACUCAUCCUACAGAAGGGCCCUUUGACAAAAAGAUUAGCUGAGAUCAUGAGGAAAUGCAAUUUGAAGAGCAUGGGCAGUGAUGUUGAUCGAUGUCUAUCGAUGUGUGUUGAAGAGCGGUUACGAGGAUUCAUAAGCAAUGCAAUAAGGCUUUCAAAACAGAGGGUUGAUCUUGAAAAAUCAAGACAUCGAAUUUAUCCUUUGUCUUCAGAUGUUCGUAGUCACAUUUUGAGGGUGAACAGAGAAGCUAGAGAACAGUGGGAAAAAAAGCUGGCUGAAGAUGCUGAAAGAAUCAGGAAACAAAAUGAUGGAGAUGACAAUGCUGUGGCUGAUUCAGAGAAGGACAAGAAUGAGAACCGUAGCACAUCAAAGCAUGCUAAGACCUACAAGGCAGAAGAUGAUAAAAUGAGAACAACAGCUGCAAAUGCUGCUGCACGAGUUGCAGCAGGCGGAGAUGACAUGUUUUCAAGGUGGCAGUUGAUAGCUGAACAAAACAAACAGAGCAAAGGAGGUGAUGGUUCUUCUAGUUCCAUGCCGGGUAACAUGUUACCUCACAAGUCUUCACCAAGACCUGGAAAAGGCUCAAGAGAACAGCAGGAAUUUGAAAAAACAGGUGGUGUCAGAAGGUCAUCACAUGUAAAAGUGACACGGAGCAUUACGGUGAAGGAUGUGAUCGCUGCGCUUGAGAGGGAACCUCAGAUGUUGAAAUCCUCUUUGCUGUUCCAGCUAUAUGGGAGAUCAACAGAAUCAUCUCCGAAAUAGUUCCAGUAUAAUCAUUGCAUUUCUGGUUGCAAUGUUCAAUUUUUGUUUGUGCUCUUGGUGGCAUUGUAUUGAGUAGAAUGGUUGAUAGGAGACGAGUCAUUUACCAAGCGAUGGGUUUGAUUGGUUGAUAAAUCAUUUUUGCAGGAUUUAGCAAUCAGUAGUGAACCAGCAUCAUCGCCUUUCUAGAGCAACCAUUUUUUAAAACAAGAAUAUUGUGCAUAUGUGUUCUUUUAUUUUAUGAAUAAUAUUGUAAUCGCUUCCUUUGUAGGCAUGAUAUGAUAAAUAGCAUCAAGCUGGUUAGCUGAUGGAGUUGGCUUGUUUCUUUCCCUUAGAAUAAUUACAUUACUUUC